CUUGCGCCGCCACGAAUCGCGGUGUGCCGCUGCGGUCUCAUCAGCACCGACGGUCGAGGCCGUAGCAGCCACAAUGGUGCAGCCCGUGCCUCUACCGGGCUCCUCGAGGCAGCCAAGCUCUUAGCAUGCCGUGUGGAUGUUUCCAUUGACGUUUCCGACCUGGGCGAAGAGGAUUUGGUGCGGUUUCUGCACACGCCAAAAUCGGUACUGGAGAAGUUGCGCACAUUGGAUCCCCCCGUUGGCGAAGAAGUCAAAAACCUGGCCAUUGUCGCGUGGAAGCCGGGAACGGAAGCCAACAUGCCCCUACGCGUGUCGUUCAGCAUGGGAGCUGACAGCCCUGAGGAAGUGGUUGUUCGGGGACGGCGUUUUGCGAUGAGAUGCAAGACGCAGAUGAAUGAAGAGAAUAUUCGUCACGUAGAGACUGAAACAAUGGUUGCGUUCAACGAAGACUUCAGAGAUAUUGCGAUGCAGCGCUGCAAGUUGCUGCAGCAACUGACCCAGCGCGUGGCAGCCACUCCGAUGGCAAACCGAGGUGGUGGAUGA